AGCAGCUGCUCCACCCUCCUCACCCCAGGGAUACCUGUGAGACUUGAGCACAGUGAGUGUAGCCAGGACAGUGGGAGAACAGGUGGGGCUCCCUGCUGGGUACUGGGCUACCCAGCCAUGCUUUGGGCCCUCUGGCCAAGGUGGCUGGCAGGCAAGGGACUGCCCCUCCUGGGAGCAGUGCUGCUGCGGAAGAAAAAGAAAGAACCUCAGUGGAGGCACUUGCAGCAGGAAACUCACCCAUACUAUGAUCUCCAGGUGAAGGUGCUGAGAGCCAGAAAUAUCCAGGACACAGACCUGUUGUCCAAAGCUGACUGCUAUGUGCAACUGUGGCUGCCCACGGCAUCCCCUAUCCCUGCACAGACAAGGAUGGUGGCUAAUUGCAGUGACCCGGAGUGGAAUGAGACCUUUCACUACCUGAUCCAUGGUGCUGUGAAGAAUGUCCUGGAGCUCACUCUCUAUGACAAGGAUGUUCUGGGAAGUGACCAGCUCUCCCUGCUCCUGUUUGACCUGAGUAGUCUCAAGCCUGGCCAACCCCACAGACAUACCUUUCCACUCAAUCAGCAGGAUUCACGAGAGCUGCAGGUGGAAUUUCUUCUGGAGAAGAGCCAAGUGCCUGCAUCUGAAGUCAUCACCAAUGGAGUCCUGGUGGCUCAUCCCUGUCUGAGAAUCCAGGGCACUCUCAAGGGAGAUGGGAUAGCCCCACAUCCAGAGUAUGGCUUUAGGCAGAUCCAGCUGGCAGUGCCUGGGGCCUAUGAGAAGCCACAGCUCUUGCCCCUGCAGCCAUCCAUGGAACCAGGCCUUCCACCCAUUUUUACCUUCCAUGUGAAUCCAGUGCUGAGCUCCAGGCUGAAUGUGGAGCUGGAGGAGAAACUCACAGUUCUACAGAGUGGGCCAGUUGCUGAGCUUGAGGUGCAAACCAGCCAACUGGGAGAGCAGAGCAUCCUGCUCUCCACUCUGCCCCUAGGCCAGGAGGAACAGCACCUUAUGGUCCUCAGGAAGGGCCAGGAGGUAGCUCUGAAUGUGAAAGCAGAAAUGAGCUCUGGGGACUUGGACCUGCGACUUGGCUUUGACCUCUGUGAUGGGGAGCAGGAGUUUCUGGACAAGAGGAAGCAGGUUGUAUCCAAGGCCCUGCAGCAGGUGCUGGGACUGAGCCAGGCUCUACAUUGUGACCAGGUGCCUGUGGUAGCUGUGUUGGGUUCUGGGGGUGGAACCCGAGCCAUGACUUCCCUAUAUGGCAGCCUGGCGGGGCUGCAGGAGCUUGGCCUCCUGGAUGCUGUGACCUACCUGAGUGGGGUAUCUGGGUCCACCUGGUGCAUCUCCACACUCUACAAAGACGCAGACUGGUCCCAGGUGGCCUUGCAGGACUGCAUUGAGCAUGUCAAGGCACGGGUCUGUAGCAGUAAAAUAGGGGCAAUGUCCACAGAGCAGCUACAGUACUACACUCAGGAACUGGGGGUCCGGGAGAGCAUCGGCUAUAGUGUGUCCCUUGUUGACCUCUGGGGCCUCCUCAUUGAGUAUUUUCUGAACCAGGAGGAAAACCCUGCCAAGCUGUCUGACCAACAGGAGGCCAUCAACCAGGGUCAGAAUCCUUACCCCAUCUAUGCCAGUGUCAAUGUCCACACCAACAUCCGUGGGGAAGACUUUGCAGAGUGGUGUGAGUUCACCCCCCAUGAGGUCGGCUUCCCCAAGUACGGGGCUUAUAUUCCCAUUGAGCUUUUUGGCUCAGAAUUCUUCAUGGGUCGACUGCUGCACCUCAGGCCGGAGCCACGCAUCUGCUACCUACAGGGUAUGUGGGGCAGUGCCUUUGCAGCCAGCCUGGAUGAGAUCUUCCUGAAGACUGCAGGGUUGGGUCUGGGAUUCCUGGACUGGCACAGAGACAGUGUAAACAUCACAGAUGACUGCCAGAAGUUCCAGCUGCGUGACCCUACAUGUCUACGUACCAGGCUCUUUACCCGACAGGGGCCCUUCUCCCAGGCCCUGCUGGACAUAUUCACUUCCCGCUUUACCUCUGCCCAGAACUUCAACUUCACCCGGGGCCUCUGCCUGCACAAGGACUAUGUGGCCUGUCGGGAGUUCAUGGCCUGGAAAGACACACACCAGGAUUCCUUCCCCAACCAGCUCACACCCAUGCAGGACUGCCUGUCCCUGGUGGAUGGAGGUUUUGCCAUCAACUCUCCAUUCCCACUGAUUCUGCAGCCUCAGCGGGCAGUGGACCUCAUUCUGUCCUUUGACUACUCCUUGGAGGCCCCUUUUGAGGUCUUACAGAUGACAGAGAAAUACUGCUUGGACCGAGGGAUUUCCUUUCCCAAGAUUGAGGUGGGCCCUGAGGACUUGGAAAAUCCCCGCGAGUGCUAUCUGUUUACCAAGGCCAAGGACCCCAGUUCACCUAUCGUGCUACAUUUUCCCCUGGUCAACCAUACUUUUCGCACACACCUGGUUCCAGGUGUGGAGCGGCAAACUCCUGAGGAGAAGGCCUUUGGGGACUUUGUCAUCAACGGGCCAGACACCCCCUAUGGCAUGAUGAAUUUCACCUAUGAACCCAAGGAGUUUGAUCGCCUGGUGGCCCUGAGUCGAUACAACAUUUUGAACAAUGUGGAGACCGUGAGGCAUGCCCUCAAGCUGGCUCUGGACCGGCGGCAGGCUGGGUAGAGGACUGGGAGCUGACCAGGCUGGAAUCAGAGGACUAUAGCAGAGGAAAGAUGUGGGACUCUAGCCCAGGGCUUGCCAAAGGAGGAGUCAGGGCUUUAGAGGGGUUCUGCUUUCCACUUCUCUAAGAAUUACCCUGAGAUCCCCUGAGCCUAGACAGUCUUGCAGACUUGCAGCUUGGACUUAGGGUGGGAACUUUCUCUUGUGUUUCUUAGAGAAGAUGGGGCAAUACAUCAUUCCAGGGGACCAGAGGAUAUAGGGCAGAAGAGAACAGUGCUUGUUUCCCAGAGUGGUGUGGAGAAACCAGGCCUGUCUUGCCACAAGGGCUACCCCCAACACAGAAGGACUCAGAGCCCAGGCUCUCACUCCUACUUCCUAGAGUGGGAGUUGUGAGCACUGAUGUGCAGGCUCCCCUCCUUACACUGGGACCUAAAGCAGAGAUGCAGUCACCCAAGCUGCCUGCAAAGUGGCCCUGGCCCCCAUCCUACCCCAAGCUCCUGGAUGCAGCUGUCAAGAAUAAAAAGGAGCCCAUGGGUCACCAGCCUCCAAGUCAUUGACUCCAAGUCCACCUGCUGACUCUCCUUUGCCUCCUGGCCUCCCUUAUCCCUCCUCACACCUCACCAUCCUUCUCUGUUCAGACUACUGAAGCCAUGGCAUGAUGGCCCAACCUGGCCAGGUUCCAGCCCAUGGGUAUGUACAAUAUUCUACUCUUCAAACUUCAGCUGCAUUCCCUGGUCAUGUGUACCGCUACUGCCUCAGGCAAACACAGUCUCCCCUUUUCUAGAAACUAAGUGGGUGUGUCUAGAGGGGACAUCUGUUUACCAGAUGGGGUGAAUAUGUGCCUGCAUGUGUUGCAAGAUGUGUGCCUAUUCCUAGUUAAGGUGGGGAGAGUGAGCACCUGUCUAUU